GUCUCUCUCAUUCACACGACCUAAUCUGGUAGAGUAUUCCCAAUUACGCAAAAUCGACGGACGACGACCACCAUAGGCCUGGUAACCACCGAUCGCCGACCAAAAUGCCGACAAUACUACUUCGCGGUUGAAAUUUAGUCGGUUUCCAAGCAGUUUAAGCACCAAUUGUCACAGAAGUUAUGGAUUCAAUUACAAAACGUCGCCUGGUGCAUAAUGAGAAAGUUAGUGUGGAAGGUAAUGAAGACAGGAUCAGCAACUUGCCAAGAAGUCUUAUAGGCUAUAUCCUCUCUUUCCUUCCAACAAAGAAUGCAGUGGCAACUAGUGUCCUGUCAACCAAGUGGAAGUACCGCUGGACCUCAAUCACUACUCUAGACUUUGAUGAUGGGUUGGUAGUUGUACCUACAAAUCCUUCUAAGGAUUACAAACGAAGAAAAAGUUUAGUGGUAACGAGCUUCAUAAAUUUUGUCUACCGAGUACUUACACGCAACGUAUCAGAUUUGCAGAAAUUUCAUCUGAGAUGUACUCGUUAUUAAAUUUUGUUCCUACUUUGCUUCAUCUACAGAGUCUUAAAAUUCUCGUUAUUAAUUCACUUAGAUUUUUGGAUGAUGGCUCAGUUUACAGGCUGUUUUCUAGCUGCCCUUUGCUUGAAGAUUUGUCCAUAGAAGAAUGUGAUUGUAAAAAUAUUAGUGUUUUUAACAUUUUUGCUCCGGCUCUCUAGAGUCUAACUAUAAUUUGUCGGGUGUGCUUUGAUAAUUCUGGUAUGCCUGGUGAAUAUGAUUCCGAUGAUGACUAUAAGUACAAGUUUGUGCUUAAUACACCAAAUCUUCAAGAGCUUAAAUACAAAGAGGUUGCACCAGAAAUCUACUCAGUGAAUAAAUUAAAUGCUUGUGUCAAAGCUGACAUUAGUUUCUUUCAAGGAGACGGACGUGUUCAUGAUGGAUCCAUGGAAAAACUUGCUAUAGCAGAAUUUGUUGAAAGAAUAUGUAGAGUUCAGUGGCUUUAUUUAUCUGAUAAUUUGAUGCAGUUUUACAGGUUUCCAUUGCCAAAGUUUGACCAUUUGACUUAUUUGGAGCUUGGUUAUCACCGAACUGUUCAAUGGAAAAUGCUACUGGAUUUUGUUCAAAGCUCACCACGGCUGGAAACUCUUAUUUUUGGGGGACUUGCAAAAGAGGGAAACCAAACAACAUCCCGUUGGUAUCAACUUGAACACAUUCCUUCUUGCUUGUUGUUUCACCUAAAGAUAAUUGAAAUUAAGCAGUUCUCAGCGGAUAGUCAUGAGCUUAAAAUGGCAGAGUAUUUCUUGAACAAUUCAAGAGUUUUGGAGAAACUUAUUAUUCAUCCUGUUUGUCUUCCUGAUUGGGGAAAGUUGGAGAUCUGCGAAAAAGUAUUGAUGUUACCAAGGCGCUCCAGGACUUGCCGAGUUGAGGUUCUGCCUGAGAUGGAUGAUGAGGAUGAGGAUGACAUAUUUGUUCCCGACCCAUAGCCUAGAACCAGAGGAGUAUUUGUAUAUUUUUCUGUGUGUAUGUAUAUAUUGGCUUUUGAUUUUUAACAGAUUGAUGUAAGAAAGAUGGAAAUACUUGUAAACCUACACUCGUUUUAGUCGUGAUUAGGAUCUAAUCCUAAUCAGUCAAUAUAAUGUAAAACCAUGCUGCUAGCUAAUUUCUUUUCUUUUUUAUCCCUA